CUCAGCGGCGCCGCGGAGCGGGACAGGCGCCGACCAUGGAGCGAGCAGCGGGCAAGGAGCUCGCCCUGGCGCCGCUGCAGGACUGGGGCGAGGAGACCGAGGACGGCGCGGUGUACACUGUUUCCUUGCGGCGGCAGCGCAGUCAGCGCCUGAGUCCGGGGACAGGGCCUGGGAGCACCCAGAGCCCCAGCCCGGCUGCCCACACCUUCCUCCACUACCGCACCAGUAAGGUGCGCACGCUGAGGGCCGCCCGGCUGGAGCGGCUGGUGCGCGAGUUGGUGUCUGGAGACCGAGAGCAGGACCCGGGCUUCGUGCCUGCCUUCCUGGCCACCCACCGGGCCUUUGUGCCCACUGCCCGUGUGCUGAGCCUUCUCCUGCCACCACCGCCGCCACCUCUGCCACCAGGGGUACAGAUCAGGAAGACACAGGGAAGAGAUCUGAGCUUCAACAAGAACCUGAGGGCUGUGGUGUCAGUGCUGGGCUCCUGGCUGCGGGACCACCCUCAGGAUUUUCGGGACCCCCCAGCCCACUCCGACUUGGGCAGUAUCCGCACCUUUCUGGGCUGGGCAGCCCCACUGGGGGCUGAGGCCCAGGAGGCAGAAAAGCUGCUGGGAGGUUUCCUGGAGGAGGCUGAGCAAGAGCAGAAAGAAGAGGAGCAGCCCCAGAGCUGGGAAGGACCUCCUAGGGCUGCCCAGAUCCCCCGCCCAGACUCCCCGGUAGGCUGCUUGGAAGAGGAGGAAGGACCCCUGCGGGAAGGCCCUGAGCUCCUGGACUUCAGUGUAGACGAGGUGGCUGAGCAGCUGACCCUGAUGGACGUGGAACUCUUCUCGCGCGUGCGGCCCUGCGAGUGCCUGGGCUCCGUGUGGUCGCAGCGGGACCGGCCGGGGGCCACAGGCACCGCCCCCACUGUACGCGCCACUGUGACCCAGUUCAACACGGUGACCGGCUGCGUGCUGGGCUCGGUGCUCGGGGCGCCGGGUCUGGCCCCCUCGCAGAGGGCACAGCGGCUGGAGAAGUGGAUCCGCAUCGCCCAGCGCUGCCGAGAACUGCGGAAUUUUUCCUCCCUGCGAGCCAUCCUGUCUGCCCUGCAGUCUAACCCCAUAUACCGGCUCAAGCGCAGCUGGGGCGCCCUGAGCCGGGAACCAUUAUCCACUUUCAGGAAACUUUCGCAGAUUUUCUCCGAUGAGAACAACCACCUCAGCAGCAGAGAGAUUCUCUCCCAGGAGGAGGCCACCGAGGGGUCCCAAGAGGAGGACGCCGCCCCCCUAGGAAGCCUGCCCUCAAAGCUGCCCCCAGGCCCCAUCCCAUACCUUGGCACCUUUCUCACGGACCUGGUUAUGCUGGAUACAGCCCUGCCGGACAUGCUGGAGGGGGAUCUCAUCAACUUUGAGAAGAGGAGGAAGGAGUGGGAGAUCCUGGCUCACAUCCAGCAGCUGCAGAGGCGCUGUCAGAAUUACUGCCUGAACCCCUGCCUGCCCAUCCUGGCUGCCCUGCGCACUCAGCACCAGCUCAGUGAGGAGCAGAGUUACCGCAUCUCCCGUGUCAUUGAGCCGCCGGCUGCCUCCUGUCCUAGCUCCCCACACAUCCGGCGGCGAAUCAGCCUCACCAAGCGCCUCAGUGCGAAGCUGUCCCGAGAGAGAGGCUCAUCCCCUGGGGGAAGUUCCAGGGACCCCUCAUCCUCCACCUCCAGUCUGUCCCCAGCGUCCCCCCCAUCCAGUCCUAGAAUCAAGGACCCUCCUCCUGGCAGUCCUCCAGCCUCUCCAGGGCCCCAGGGCCCCAGCACCAAGCUACCCCUGAGUCCGGACCUGUCAGGCCCCCGGUCUCUGGCCUUGCCCUUGAGUGGCCUUCACAUCCCCUUCUCGGGGCAGCAGGGCUCAGAAGCCCGCAUCAUCCGCGUCAGCAUGGACAACGACCACGGGAAUCUGUAUCGGAGCAUCUUGCUCACUAGUCAGGACAAGGCCCCCAUCGUGGUACAGCGAGCCUUGGAAAAGCACAAUGUGGCCCAGUCUUGGGCCCGUGACUACCAGCUAUUCCAAGUCCUUCCUGGGGACAGGGAGCUCCCAAUUCCUGACAAUGCCAAUGUCUUCUACGCCAUGAGCCCAGCCGCUCCGGGAGACUUCGUGCUGCGGCGAAAGGAGAGGACCCAGCAUACAACCUCAAACUCCCCGACCUGAGGUGGCCCUCCCCUCCCUCCAGGAAAUGGGCCCAUGGGCAGCAAGGGGCCUGGCUUCCAUCAUCAGGGGGCAGGGGAGGGGGCUCCUCUCUGGAAAGCUCCUAUUCUCCAGUAUAGGCCAUUGUGCUCUCUCUGCACCCUGUAAACCACCCCCCGACUUUAUCGGACCCCAUCCCUCUGACCCUCUUGGCACUGGAUCUCUGUUCCAAAGACAUCAGCCCAUGGGGUAACUGCAGAGCUUCAGCCCAUAGACAUAGACAGGGGUAGGCGGUCAGGGGUCAGACCCUUCCCCAGAGAAAUCUUGUAACUGUUGGAGACACAUCAGAAGUGACAGAAGUGGAUGAAAAUAGUGACCAAAGUUAUGAAACAGAA